AUGGCCUACGACAUUCCCUUUCACCGACUUGAAGGCCUGGAGCGAGACACGCCGGAUGAUGUGGCCGAUCUGCUGAAAGCGUCACCGAGGAGCACCAAGACAGAGACGGCGCGGGUAUACAACUAUGUCGGAAUCUCAGAAGGCCGACUAGACGACCCCGAUUUGUACGAACUCAAAGGUUUUAUUCGCCCGGAUUUUGACCCUACUACGCCGCCUAAGAAGCAAAGCCUCCAGUUCCCGGAGCUGUUCCGAGACGUGAUGAGGAUUCGGCAGGAUGUUCUUGUCCGGGAAUUCGGUGGAAAGCUGGAGGACAUCGCGUCUGAUCUGUGGGGUGACUCGGUCAGCCUGCACUGGGUGGUAUACAUAACGGAUCACGUCGCCGACGAGAGCCUCAUUCUGGGGGAAGGAAAGAACAGCUCGAACCGUAAGAUUCGGAUUCCCGUUGGAACAAUCAAGGUACAGCCUGUAAUUGGAAUGAGACAGAAAGAGAACAAGGCGGCCAUGCCGCCUUUCGUCGGCGAGCGCACGCGGUCCAACUACCUCCAGCUGUCUGAAGCGAUGGUCCUCGCCCCGUACCGCGAGGACGACUGGGUCCAGCGCAUCCUGUACACUGCCGUCCUCAACACAUUCAAUGAGCAUCUGCCGCCGUCGUUCUUCCACGAUAUCUUCGGGCGGGUGAUCCCCCUGGACGAUAAACCACUGAAGGACACACGGCUCCCGGGCGAGGUCGCUGGGACCCGGCGCCAGUGGAAGGACCAGUUCGUCGAGCUCAUUCCGGACGCGCUGCAGUGGUCCGGCCUUAUGUGCGUACAGGCGGAGAUCUAG